GAUCCAUCGAGCUCAGGGGACGGCACCAAACGUGCAAGAAAACGCAACGCCACCGCCUCAGGCUCAGCUGCCUAGCUAGCAUACAGCUUCUCCCUGUAGUAGCAACUUCACAAGUCAAGGUUGUAAGCUUGAGAGUACGCGUCAGAUUAGGAUUCUGGGUUCGUCGUCUUCCUCAGGCUGCUCCAAGCGGAAUUCCACCAACGCAUGCCCUUCGUGCUUCACCCUGCUUUCAGACGAUAGUUUCUCUAGAUACCUUCAAGACAAGGAAGCAAGAAGGAGGGGCGCACAUUAAUUUGUGUGCAGCCAGCAGCAUUUCCGUCACCAGCUGAGGCGGGCGUUUUCCUCUUGGUAGGUGAAACCAUGGGGCCAUUAAGUUUCUUCGACGCUGUGCCAGACGAGAUUCUAGUUCGCAUACUUGUCCUGGCAGCAAAGGAUCCCUCAGCCGCGGAGCCGUCUGCUCUACUAGAAGAGCUUUGCAAAGAAGUGCCUUGGGAGGUCGUCAUGCUUGACGUGGAGGAAUGGGUUGGGGCUUAUGAGCAGCUGUUGGAUCUGCUUAGGGUGUGCGGGAAUGCAAGGCAUGUGAGGUUAGGGCAAGCCUCCGCCUGUAGGCUUGAAGUGAAGCUUUCACAUCUUUUGACCCCUUUUGUGCAACUUGAGGGGUUGGAACUUCCUUCUGACAUGCCCCAUUGGCUGCUUCAUGAGGAAGAAGUAGCAUCCUUCCAUGAACCUCUGAACCAUUUGAAGAGACUAGCAUUAGGUUUCGAGAGACUAGAUGGGAAGUUCGAGUACUUCUUUGAGCUGCUCAGUGUAGCUCCAAGGCUAGAGAGCCUCCAGAUCGAUCUAAGAAUGGUAAACCAAGGGAGGAAGGUUGAUGCACUUGUUAGGAUGCUUCUGAACUUGCAGAAAAGGUACCCUAGCUUGAAUAUUGUCGUCAACUGGCCCAACGAUUGCAUGGUUGGAGCCUACUUGUUUGAAGGUAUUUGAUUGGGGGAGGAAUUGAAGUUUGUCCAGCCAACUCUGGUUAACCCAUGACAAAUUGAAUUAGUUACUAGCCGACCGUCAAUGGUGAUCUUGAAUUGAGCAUUUGGCAAUCUGCAAGCUGAAGAACGGCC